AUGAGCACCAACACUACCAGGGUCCCCUUCAUCAAACCCUACCCAGGUCAUAAAGCCUUCGACGGUGGAAACGAACUAUGGAAAUAUGCAGUAUUUUUCCUACCAUUUCUGUUUGCGUUGUCGACAGUCACUCUUGCUUUGCGCAUCUACGCUAGGGCGGUCAUUCGAAAGAUAUGGACACUGGAAGAUUAUGCUGCUAUUGUAUGCUGGAUAGUUUACCUAGCAUGGUCCAUCGUUGCAGGAGUCAUCUACUGGAACAAAGGCGGUUAUCACGGCUGGAACUUAACCAAACAAGACCUCAAGCAAAUUCUCCACUGGCUCAACAUAAAUACCAUCAUCUACAGCAUAGCAGCCUGUCUCACCAAACUGACCAUCCUCUCAAUCUACCGCACUCUCUUCGUGACACAGCGGAAAAGCAAAUUCAACAUCAUGCUCUACGCUUUCGAAGCCAUACUUGUAAUCUUCUACGGUGCGCAAACAAUCGCAAAGUGUUUUGAAUGCAUUCCUAGAGAGCGCAUCUGGAAUCCUUCGGUCCCUGGAAAAUGUCUUGAUUGGGAUGCGUUGCUUGUUAGUAGUGGUGCGUUCAGUUGGAUCUCAGAUAUUGUGAUCUUUCUUAUUCCUAUUAAACGGGUUUGGGGACUGAAUAUGCAGAGGGCUGAGAGGACGAGGGUUAUUGCGAUUUUUUCGAUUGGUUCUAUUGCUCCCAUCUUCGGUGGUAUUGGAUUUAUCGCCCGUCAAAUGAUCAGCGACAAGCCAGAUAUAACUUUCGACUACCCACUAAUAAUGGUCUGGGGGACCAUCGAAAUCGCCGCUGGAGUAAUCAUCGUCUGCCUACCUUCCUUAUCAAUCUAUUUCAGGAAAAACAGGCCUGCAACGGACGACGUCGAACUCACAGCUUCUGGGACUGGAAAGCGGAAGCCUUCUCGCUCGGAAAAGAGCCCGAAUGCCACCCACAACGGCGAACCAAGAGCACCAGAACCGAUUUUCGUUCCUCCGCCCACAAGAGUAGAAACCACCGAAACCUCACAGCGAAACUCACGUCUGUGCGAAAACCAAAAAGAUCACACGAUCGUGACCGAAGGACUGACACCAUGGACCAAAACCGAGCACCCCCGUGCUGAAAGUGAUCCUGCUCGUGAGGGUAAGAUUACCACGAUCUGUGAAUCUUCUUCGGAAACAGUCCGUCCUAAAAUUGGGGAGUCGCCGUGGCCUGAAAAGAAGUCUCGUAUUAGUUUGGAUCUUGAACGAGGUGAUCAUGGGAAAGAACACCAGUUUGGUAUUUUCACGUCGACUACGAUUACGCAGACGGUUUCGGAGCACGGUUCUGUUUGA